GGAUAACACGGGUCGGAUCAAUAGGAGGAUAGAUAGCUAGCUACAGGUUUAUCUUUAAACUAGUGAAAGUAAUGGAUGUACCUGGACAUGUCGGGUGGACAGUAACCGGAGAUAAAACUGUAGAAUUCGCCAGGUUUCCAUUGGACUUCGUCAAAAACAGAAUUGAGAAAUAUAAUUCAAGAGUAUUUGUAUCUCGAGCUCUAAACAAGCCAACAAUAUUUGUUACAUCAAAUAAUGGUAUAAAAGAAAUUUUAAUAGAUAAAAGUUCAUCAUUUGGGAUGGGUUACAAAGAUUUUGGAUAUAUGCAUGCUUUAUACGGAGAUCUAUUUUUGUUUGAUGAUGAUGAAGAAGCCUACAGAGUUCGCGACUUAGUAAGAGGUUUAUUCCACAAAGACAAUUGUGAUCACUACAUGAAAACUGUCACAAGAAUAACGCAUGAAAAGCUGGAAAGUAUUGAUGUCAAAACGUCAGUAGAUGCUUACACAGUUUUCAAAGACUUAGCUACGGAGAUAUGUUUAGCAUUGUUUCUUGAUGUUGAUGAAAGCACCGAAUUCCACACGGUAAAAGCUGCAGCAACUUUGCAUUGGCAUGGACUGAUAUCUGUUCCUUUAAAUUUGAAAGUGAAAGGUUGGUCAAGUUCCUAUGGUAAAGCUUCUGAAGCAAAAGAGUACCUGAUCCAACUGAUUAUAAAGAAACUUGAAAGUAACAACAAUAAAGGAAGAUUUCUUCAGUGUGUAAGCGAAGCAAAUUUCGAAAGCAGUCACGAUGCUGCGACACAUGUCCUGCUAUUCAUAUCAGCUAUCAUACCUAAGGCAUUUAGUUCCCUUUUAACUUCAUUCGUUCUGGAAACAGCUGGCGAUUUCAAGGAAGAGUUGAGAGAGCGGUCUUUAUCGAGUGACAAGUUUUUAGAUGAUGUAUUGUUGGAGGUUCAACGUUUGUGGCCGCCGUUAUAUGGUGGCAUGAGAGUUUCCAAAGAGGAAGUGAUAAUAGAUGGAUUUAAGAUUCCUAAGAACUUUAGCAUUGCCUACAUUAUACGAUUUGGAAACAGAGACCACGAUAUAUUUCACCAAGCUGAUCAAUUUAUUCCUGAACGAUGGCAGGAAGAGGAAAAAACGAAAAAAAAUUUGGUAUGGACGUUUGGGGCUGGCACUCGAAGUUGCGUUGGAGUUCAUUUUAUCGAAAGUAUAUUGAAACACGUGUCGUCCUAUUUGUUAAAAAAUUUUGACUGGAGUAUUGUCGGUGGAGAUGAACAUGUCUACAAAACUUUGCCAGUGGCACGACCGAAAGAAGCUUUGCAGGUAUCUUUUACCUCCAAAGAAAGGUGAGGAAUUGUCCAAGACAAUAAAAUUCGGAGAAAACUGUGUUUUCCUGGAUUUGUGCUACUCAUGAAAAGUCAGCUGAAAAUUUUUGUCCGCUCGAUGUAUCCACCUUAUUAUACCUUUUCUCAUCCUUUAUGUAUAGAAUAUUCGAUUCACUGAAAUGUGAAUUGCGUA